CCUGCAGGUGAGCAGUGGUGUGUGAGAGCCUGCCUGUCCUGCCCGUUCAGAGUGGCAGCUCCCUGGAGCUGUUCUGUUUUCUUCUGGAGCUUCAGCAGAUCCCUCUCAGAACUCGCUGCCGAUAGGCCUGAACAGGAGCCACCAUGCAGUGCUUCAGCUUCAUUAAGACCAUGAUGAUCCUCUUCAAUACGCUCAUCUUUCUGUGUGGUGCGGCCCUGUUGGCUGUGGGCAUCUGGGUGUCAGUUGAUGGGCCAUCCUUCCUGAAGAUCUUUGGGCCGCUGUCAUCCAGUGCCAUGCAGUUUGUCAACGUGGGCUACUUCCUCAUCGCAGCUGGUGUUGUGCUCUUCGUUCUUGGUUUCCUGGGCUGCUACGGUGCUAAGUCUGAGAACAAGUGUGCACUCUUGAUGUUCUUCUUCAUCCUCCUCCUCAUCUUUGUUGCUGAGGUUGCAGCUGCUGUGGUUGUCCUGGUGUACACCACAAUGGCUGAGCAAUUCCUGGCAUUGGUGGUAGUGCCUGCCAUCAAGAAAGACUAUGGUUCCCAGAAAGACUUCACCCAAGUGUGGAACUCUACCAUGGAAGGGCUCAAGUGCUGUGGCUUCAACAACUACACGGAUUUUGAGGACUCACCCUACUUCAAACAGAACCAACUCUUUCCUCCAUUCUGUUGCAUCAACAAUAUCAAUAGAACAGUUGAAGAACCUUGUACCGCACAGAAGGCCCAGGAAAAGGAUGUACAGGGUUGCUUCGAACAGCUUCUGUAUGACAUCCGAACAAAUGCAGUCACUGUGGGUGGUGUGGCCUUCGGAAUUGGGGCCCUGGAGCUGGCUGCCAUGAUUGUAUCCAUGUACCUGUACUGCCAUCUGAAAUAAGUCCACUUCUGCCUCCAUCAUUGCUGCUGCCACAUCGGAACUGGGAAGAGGCACCAUGGCACUAACAGUGUCACUGGGGCUGGAGUGGGCCUGCCCUUGUGGCUCUGAACUUGCAGCGAAAUAGAGACCACCCCUUUUAGGUUGUACCUGACUUUUCCUUCUAUUGGUAGACUUGGGUCCCACCUGUUACAGAGCCUUUAAGGUAGCCAGUUCCUCUGCCCAUUCCCUCAGUCUGUUUCUUCCACCCUUAACAACCCCUGAGGUUAAAGGGGGCUUUUGAUGAUCCUAGUCUCCACUGGAGGAUGAGAGAAAGGCACCUAUACCUGGGCAUAUUCAAAAUCAGCAAAGCCAUAGAGCGGAUAUGUGUAGAAGACACUUUAAAACCCAUACAUCAAUUAAA